ACAUGUGUAUGCGGUUUGUUACACAUGUGUACUCAUUUGUUUUUUCAGACGAAUAAAUGAACACGUUAUUAAUCGUAUUGUCUCGUGCUGCAGAAAAUUGGUAUUCGAAACUGAGAGCGGGGUCGGGCUGUACCAUUUUCAAAUGACAGAUUUACUACCAAGUAGAUGGAUCAAUGAUGGAGUAAUAAAUAGCUUUGCGUCAAUGCUAAACUUUGAGGAAAAGGAUAGAAUUGGCGGACCAAAUAUGUUCGGGCAAGCUGAUAAAGUAAAAGGAACAAAGCCGCGGUUGUUCGGCCAUACAAAUUGUUUUGACGAGGAUAUCUUAUGGAACAGGGAUCACGGAGAAGCUGGGCGUGUUAAUAAAUUCAAAAGUGCCUUGUUCUUGGUUGUUGACCAAAAGGAACCGUUAAUGAGUUUGUCCGAGUAUUGCGUCAUAUGCUUUCCAAUCCUUGAGCAUGACCAUUUUUAUUUGGUGUGCUUUGAUAUGGAAAGAAAUGCGAUAACGGUAAUUGACAACAUGGACGCACGCGAAAGCCCAAUACACCUGAUCGACGACGACAACUUCUUCCGAAAGACUACGCCUUACAAAGUGAAAGAUAUUUUCUGUAAGUAUUUGAAGAUGGUGAAUCAUCCUAAGAGUGCAGAAAUUGAGAAUGCGGUCCCGGUAAGGUUGGAAUUUGAAUGGAAGACAGUGAACAACACCGUGGAUUGCGGAGUCUUUGUAAUGAGGCAUAUGGAGACGUGGUUCGGGGUAACUGCCGACAAGUGGGAUAGUGGCUUCCCACUAACUAAUAAGGAGAAGAAGUCGACUUUGACACGUUUGAGGAAAAAGUACGCAAUAAAGCUAGUUACUUCAGAGGCGAACAAGCACCGGGGGCGCGUAUUAGUUGAAGCAGCCGAACAUGAAAAGACGCAUGGAAUAGGUGUUUUCUAGUACGUCUUUGUUGAUUGACAAUGGUUAAAGUUUUGUGGUUAAAAUUUUUUGGAAUGUAGUUUAUAACAACAAACAUUGUG